AAUUUGUGAAUUAUGGGGCGGACAGAUGACAUUUUUAGCCUACAAAUCACUCCUCGUUAUACAACACAAUACGAUAACUAACCUAUCUAGCCUAUGUUGUGUGCUUUUGCAUGCACACGUAGUCUUUAAAUGGGAUAGUAGUGAACACUGAAAUAGGCUACCACAGGUUAAUGUUGUCUAUAGUGUGAUCAUUUUCUAGAUAGGUCCAGUAGCGAACCCAUGUCAAUUACUAUAUCUGGUCUAAAUUGUUAAACAACAGCAGGGAUGAGAAACCAUUUGCAUCGUUCGUUAAGACCCAUAUGUGUGUGCUUAUUUGCACUGUAAACAACAAAUAACGUUAGCUCACGGAUCGGGUAACGUUCAUAAACUCAAACGUACAUUUUAGCCACACGUACUCACUAAUAUGACUAUUUUACAAUGAAAUUGCCUGCUUGCACAAACACUAUGUCGUAGGAGCCGUUUGAAAUGCAGCGUUGCUUUGAGUACGUGAUCCUGUAGUGUCAACAUUGUUAACGUUAGUCUCUGCGUUUCAAAAUGGCGGACCGCGGAGAGGAUCAAGAUCAAGAUCAAGAUCAAGAUGCUGAAGUUGAGGAUGAGUUGUAUGAAGUUGUGGACAUCACAGAUUAUGCCAGGCGUCAUCAGUGGUGGAGCCGAGUGUUUGGGAACAAUUCUGGCCCGAUAGCCGAGAAGUACUCUGUGGCCACUCAGAUCAUGAUGGGUGGAGUCACUGGCUGGUGUGCAGGGUAUCUUUUUCAAAGGGUAGGGAAGAUUGCUGCCACUGCCGUCGGUGGUGGAUUUCUGCUCUUGCAGAUUGCGAAUCACAGUGGAUAUGUGCAGGUCGACUGGAAAAAAGUUGAAAAGGAUGUCAAUAAAGCCAAGAAACAUCUGAAAAAGAGAGCGAACAAAGCUGCUCCUGAGCUGAACUCUUUCAUAGAAGAGUCCUCAGAAUUUGUGAAAAGGAACAUCGUCCUGUCGAGCGGAUUCGUUGGAGGCUUCCUGCUGGGUCUGGCAUCCUAAACGUUCCGGGGGGGGGCAGCUGUCCGUCAUCUCAAAUGAGAACCGCUUCCCCUUUUGUUACUGUGAAACACUGUCUCAUACCACAGUAUGCUGUAUGGGGCCCUCAGUACUCCACGUCGUCUGUGCAGCAUGCUCAGUCCAACCCUUCUUAGACUACUGAGUCUCUACAGCCAGUAGAAUUGACCGGGUUGUGCACUGCAGCUGCACAACACCACACAAACCAAACGCUAUCAAGAUCUAGGUGUCAUGUAUAUUUUGGUCCAUCUGUUUUGGUUGAUCUGUAGUGUUGUCAACUCAUAGGAAUCUCAUGGAAGCAUUAUCCUCAGCGGUGGUUGUGGUUCCAGUUAAAUAGGAAACAUAGAAAUUUCCUCAUGUCAUGUACUUGUAUAUGACCAUAAAGAGAAUCAUAUCUAGGUUUUUAGAGUAUAUGACUUGCCUUUUGGACAGUGCAAUAUUUAAAGAAGUUAAAUCUAAAUGAGCCUAUUCUUAUCUGCUGUGCACAUAUACCAAAAUAACCUUUAUUGUUUACUAAUUUUCUGUUAUUCUGUUAUGUAUGUGCAUAUAUCUGUAAUACAACUCUGAAACAAA